UUGUUUUUGUUAAAAUAAAAGGAGUUUUACUCAUCAAAAUUAAUCUUAGUUUGUAUUUCACGAAUGGAUAGAAGAUAGUAACAGUAGCAUUUCCAUGGAGCUUAAACUUCAAGCAUCAAUGGCUUCAUCUUCAUCUUCUUCCACUCCUUUCUGCACCUAUGCUAUUCACCAUGCCACCAACCUUCACCCUCGUCAAAACGGCACUAACAACUCUCGUUUCACUCCCAGAAAAACUCAACCUUUACGUAUGGGUAACCCUUCAAUCCAACCAAAAUUGAACCAUCAUCAAGCCCCCCAUCAACAUAAAAAUGUAAACUUUGCGCAUUUUCUUCAAGAGGGUAACGUAAAUCAAGUUUUAGAACUAAUGGGUCAAGGUGCUUUUGCUGAUUACAGUGAUUUUCUUUCGCUUUUGAAAUUAUGUGAGGAUUUGAAGUCGCUUGAAUUAGGGAAAAGGGUUCAUGAAUUCUUGAGAAGGUCGAAAUUCGGAGGGAAUGUUGAAUUGUGUAAUAGAUUGAUUGGGUUGUACGUGAAAUGUGGUAGUGUGAAGGAUGCGCGGAAAGUGUUUGAUAAAAUGCCUGACAGAAAUGUCGGUUCGUUGAAUUUGAUGAUUGGUGGAUAUAAUGUGAAUGGUUUAGGGAUUGAUGGUUUGUUGGUUUUUAAGCAGAUGAGGCAACAAGGGGUAGUGCCUGAUGAGGAAACUUUUGCGUUGGUUUUGGCUGUGUGUGCAUUGGUUGACGGUGUGGAAGAAGGUUUAAUGCAGUUUGAAUCGAUGAAGGAGUAUGGAAUUGUUCCAGGGAUGGAGCAUUAUUUGGGAGUUGUUAAUAUUUUCGGGUGUGCUGGUCGGUUGGAUGAAGCUCACGAGUUUAUUGAGAAUAUGCCAAUUGAAGCCGGAGUUGAGCUUUGGGAGACUCUUCGAAAUUUUGCGAGAAUUCAUGGAGACUUAGAACGCGAGGAUUGUGCUGAUGAGUUGUUAACUGUUCUUGAUCCUUCGAAAGCUGCUGCUGAUAAAGUGCCACUCCCUCAGAGAAAGAAACAGUCUGCAAUUAACAUGCUGGAGGAGAAGAAUAGAGUAAGUGAAUAUCGGUGUAAUAUGCCGUAUAAAGAAGAGGGUGAUGUGAAAUUGAGAGGUUUGACCGGGCAGAUGAGGGAAGCAGGUUAUGUUCCUGAUACGAGAUACGUUCUCCAUGACAUUGAUGAGGAGGAAAAGGAAAAGGCUUUGCAGUAUCAUAGUGAACGUUUGGCAAUUGCUUAUGGUCUCAUCAGUACUCCGCCGAGGACUACUCUUAGAAUUAUCAAGAAUCUACGUAUAUGUGGAGACUGUCACAAUGCUAUCAAAAUCAUGUCCAAGAUUGUUGGAAGGGAGCUCAUUGUGAGGGACAACAAGAGAUUCCAUCAUUUCAAAGAUGGAAAAUGCUCUUGUGGAGAUUAUUGGUAGUGUUGGUAAAAAUGUAGAUACUCUGAUGAUAUAUUGCUAGAUUGUAUUUUGUUUGCUGCCAAAAAUCUGUAAGGUUCAAAUCCAUGUUUGGAAAGAUGAAAGAAAAUUUUAUUCCAUCUAUGACUUAACCUGUA